UGAAGAAGAAAGGGGGGGCAGGAGAAUGUGUGGCUCUCGUCUCCCACAUCACUCCCACAAAACCCCUUAUUACCUCCUCCUCCUUAUUUGGAGAUGUCUCAAUUUCAUCUUUUCUGAUUCACCCAACAUCCUAAAACCCUCUCUCGACCACAAAAAUGGCCUCCAUUUCUAGGAUUUUGCCAACAGAUGGCAAAUUAAGUCAAUGCAGAAUCAACACUUGUUGGGUUCCUGCUACGAGGAGGAGCAGAGCUCAAACUCUUUUGGAUUCUCCCAAGUUGGUUUCUGUUCGUAGCUCUGGGAUUAGUUUGAGGAUUCAGAAUAGUAAACCAUUACGUCCUGUCUCUGCUCUUGAAGCAACAACAACCUCCUCCAGGAGUAGUAGUGUUGUGUGUAAGGCUGCUGCAGGUGAUGUACCUGAGAGUACUCCUAAGGAACUUAGUCAGUAUGAGAAGACUAUUGAGCUUUUGACAACCCUUUUUCCACUUUGGGUUAUUUUGGGAACACUUGUUGGCAUCUUCAAGCCGUCUUUAGUUACAUGGUUGGAAACAGAUCUCUUUACUCUAGGUCUUGGAUUUCUUAUGCUCUCCAUGGGAUUAACUCUUACGUUUGAAGAUUUCAGAAGAUGUUUACGUAAUCCAUGGACGGUGGGUGUUGGUUUUCUUGCUCAAUACUUGAUCAAGCCAGUUCUAGGUUUUCUCAUUGCAAUGACUCUUAAGCUUUCAGCACCUCUUGCGACUGGUCUUAUCCUAGUCUCAUGCUGCCCUGGAGGACAAGCGUCAAAUGUUGCUACCUACAUUUCCAAGGGGAAUGUGGCGCUCUCUGUACUGAUGACUACGUGUUCAACCAUCGGGGCUAUUAUAAUGACUCCUCUUCUCACUAAGCUUCUUGCUGGCCAGCUUGUUCCCGUUGAUGCUGCUGGACUUGCUAUUAGUACUUUUCAAGUAGUGUUGGUGCCUACUAUAGUUGGAGUUCUGGCCAACGAGUUCUUUCCUAAAUUUACAUCAAAGAUCAUAACAGUGACGCCUCUAAUUGGAGUCAUUCUGACCACCCUUCUCUGCGCCAGCCCUAUUGGACAAGUUUCAGAGGUUUUGAAAACCCAAGGAGCUCAACUUAUACUCCCGGUGGCAGUCCUUCAUGCUGCAGCCUUUGCUAUUGGCUACUGGAUUUCUAAGUUUUCUUUCGGCGAGUCCACUUCGCGCACCAUUUCUAUAGAAUGUGGAAUGCAAAGUUCAGCGCUCGGGUUCUUGCUUGCACAAAAGCAUUUCACAAACCCUCUAGUUGCUGUUCCUUCUGCAGUCAGUGUUGUCUGUAUGGCGCUUGGCGGGAGUGGCUUGGCCGUGUUCUGGAGAAACCAACCAAUUCCGGCAGAUGACAAGGAUGACUUCAAGGAGUGAGUGAGUGACAUAGGAAAGGCGGUUUGCAUCUCCAAACGAUGUGAUUGUUGUAAUGUUUACUAAUUUGUGUUGAAAAAGUUUUUGUUUUAAGAGACAUAGAAACAAGGGCGUGCAUGAGAACUUGUGGUCAAAUUUAUUUUGUUUCUCAAUGAAUGGACACAAAUCUGUUUUUUUGGCACACUUUUUCCAAA